CGGGGACGCCCAAAGUGCCAGAGAGUACAUAAGCAGCAAAGAGCCGGAUCCGCACUAUUGUUCACGUUGGUGGCAGGGCACCCACGCACCCGCUUCACCACAUACAUAUGCAUGGCAGCCGCCACGGUGGUCACGGCGAAUCCGGAGCUUUAAAUGCAACGUAUGCAAACACGUCGCCCACUUGCUGACCGGGACCACUCCAUCCUCUCACGGUAACGGCUUGACCUGGACAUCAUGGCCGAAGAAGAGCAAACCAUCAAUCUCAAGGUCCUUUCUCCCUCGGCCGAAGUAGAGGGCGGCGUGAACUUUGUCGACAUCCCCGCCUCCACGACGGUGAAAGAGCUGCGGAGUCGUAUACAGAAUGCCGUGCCCUCGAAGCCUGCCCCCGAGCGCAUGCGCCUGAUAUACAGAGGGCGGGUGGUGGCCAACGAUGCCGACACGUUGAGCGCCGUGUUUGGAGCCGACAACAUACGAGAGAGCAAAGACCAAAGCCUCCACUUGGUCAUACGAGAGCUGCCUCAACCCGCAUCGUCUCCGCCUGCUCCGCGACCAGCGACCGUCCCACCAAGUUCCUUCCGCUCUCCGGCCCCAGAUGGCCCCGCUGUGAACCCUCUGCAAACGAAUCCAUUUCGAACAAUACCACACCCUCGACCCGAUUCGCAACCCAACCGCCUACCGGCACAAGUGAACCCUAUCGGUCUGCAUCUGCUCCCGCAGCUCCAACAACAAAUCGCUCAAGCAAUUGGACAGCAGGGGCCACGGGAUGAUGGGCAACCUUUAGACCGGACGAGCGAGCCGCCGAAUCAAGACACACAAGCUGCUCCAGAUGGAGCGCACCCACCAGCUCCCGAGGCAGCUCCUUUGCCACCACUAGGACUGCCCAACCUCCCCGGGAACGGCGACCAAGCGAUAAGGCGAGAUGGCAUCACUCACAACGGGGCCCGCUGGACUGUUACCUAUAACCAGAUCAUACCUGCGCGACUACCACAGACUGUCGCUCCGUUUACUAUUCCACAUGCGCUGGCUUUUGGCCGUCCGCCGCUUCCAACCGGUACACUACCCAUGGUCAAUGAAACCCAACGUUUGUUGCCUCGUAUUCAAAGGAUUUUCCAGGAAACAAAACGCGAAAUGGAUAAUAUCCGAGCAUUGCUGCAAAUCCCCGACGAACCUGGUGUACAAGGUGGAGGGUUUUCCGUGCUGAAUCUACCUCCGUCACUGAGUAUCCCACCAUGGCGAAUCGACCGCCUACGUCAGCAUCUGAACACUGUAAAUCAGAACCUAAAUGUUGUUGACCGCGCUCUGGCAUUGCUUCCCACAGACCCUGAGGUUGUGGCCCUUCGGCGUUCAGCGACUGAACUCAGGAUUGAUGCUGUUGAGUUGAACAUCCUGCUCGAUCGUCAACAGAGCGGGACUGCAGAAGGUUCCCCAGACACACCAUUAGUAGCGUCCACCACAACACCGGCAGUAUCUACUACAAGCCAUCCCCAAGUAGAACAUGCUACACAAACGAUACCAGCGGAUGCGCCGGCGGAGCUAUUCCUUUUGUCGAGUCCUCAAGGUCCAGUCGGAGUUCUUUUCGAUCAGCAAGGCACAUACACCACAGCCCCUGCGCUGCCCACUCUACCGUUUCAAACUUUCUCGAGUCAGUUUGCACAGAACAGGCAGCUCAUUGCCGGCCUGGGACAACAAAUGGGGCAAGGGACGAACCAGUUGCACAAUCAGAUAGCCAAUAUGCAGCCAACCCCAACAGCGCCGCCAGUGGCUGAUGGUCAGGCUCAAGAUCAGAACCGAGGACGAGAUCAGGUACAGAAUCAAGACCAAAACGAAAACCUCAACGCACCGCAACCAGACGAAAACGACCGCAUGGCCAAUAUUGCCGGACAUUUGUGGCUCAUCUUCAAGUUAGCUGUCUUUGUCUACAUCUUCGCCGGAGGAGGCAGUAUCUACAGGCCUCUCAUGCUGGGAGCCGUUGCUGGCAUCGUCUAUUUAGCACAGAUUGGCAUGUUCGAGGACCAUAUCAACUUUUUACGUCGCCACUUUGAGGCUCUUCUCAACAUUGGAGCCAUCGCCGAACGUGCGGUCCAACCCACCAACCAACGUCCGCGAGGUAACAUGACGCCAGAGGAAGCAGCUCGGCGCAUCUUACAGCAAAGGCAAGAUCAGAGGUUUGGCUGGAUACGAGAGAGCAUGCGUGGGGUCGAACGCGCCUUUGCACUCUUCAUUGCCAGUCUAUUCCCUGGUGUGGGUGAGAGAAUGGUGCAUGCGCAAGAAGAAAGAGAGCGACAGGAGAGGGUAGCAGCACAGGAAGAGAGACAAAGGCAAGAAGAAGAAGCAAGGAAGAGACAAGAAGCAGCCCAGGCAUACCAGCAACAGCAACAGCAACAGCAGAGUGAGGAAAAGAGUAGCGAAGCCAAGAUGGAGACAGAGGGCGAGCCUAGUUCAAGUGGCAGUUUGAAGGGUAAGGAAAGAGCUGAAGAGCCCCAGACUGAGACUUUGGCAUCAGCUUCGUGAGAUGGGAAGAAGGUGCUUUCUCGUGCUACAUCUGCACAUGUUUGGUGGUGGUGGUGCAGCCACGUAGCUCUUUGUAUACCCAUAGCGAGACGAGCAGGAUCCUCCCGCUGAGCGGUAACAUCAACCACAUGGUCAUUUUUGAUUUUACCACACACACAUAUAAUCUUCGUAUGUAAAUAGUCGAAAAAAUAGGGUACAGGGG